AUUCUGGAGUAAGGGUUGGCGCGGUAGCGGUGCCUGGAGUGGGACACGGCCGUGAGGCGAUCGGCAUGGGCUUCACUUACAAUUUUUACAGCAAUAGUUUGUCUCUACUGCAAUAAGCUGGAGUUGGACAUAGCACCAUGAGAAUGAGAAACUGAGUCAUGACUUUUUGAGUGAUUCUCUCGGUCGUCGAUGAUUAACUGAGAUAGUGACUGUGUGAGUACUUAAAUAGUAGGGAUUUUUUAUGAAUGAUCAUCCUCUCGUGAUUACGAGAAGUACCAUAAGCUUUGGUGUUCUGAAAAAUGGCCUUCGUCUCCGGUGUUACCCCUCGGUCUGUGCAUGUGAAAUCAAGCGCAAGUGCCAGUUCCAGUUAAGAGCAUAUCUUUUGCUCUAUAAUUACUUAGAAAUCACUCAUCAGCUUACAAGAAGCAACACAUCAGUUUGGAAGAUGCAUCUUCUAUCGUUCUCUCUCUCUUUCUCUCUUCUUCUCAAAUUGCGGAACAAGAUAGACGGUUCUAUCCGGUUCAUUUUUCCGACUUUGUAUCUCCUCAUUCCGUCUUCUGCUUCUCUACUCCAUCUUAAUUCCUCUCUAAUCUCAUGCCGCACAAGGCGCUUUACACGAUGCAGAAAUGCGGAGAUGGAUAUCUGACCCGAACCUGUCUGCUGGAGAACAGACCCUAACCGUAUGCGAGAAAGGAUUACGACAGCUAGACGCUAUUCGAGAAGAGAUACGUAUAUUUGAUGUUUGUUUCUUCUUCAGUUUCACUAUACACUGUAGUACAGGGGCACUCCGUAAUGUCAAAGCACUCCUGAUCACUAGAAUAUUUUUAUUUGUCGACCACCAAUAGAAAGCCUUCAUACAUCAAUCAUUAAUCAUCACUCACCUCCACAGUACUUCUACACAUGCCACCAGAACCAUACAGGUCGCGCAUCUCACGUAGCACAUCGCUUAGAUGGCUGGUUUCGCAUGUAUAGGAAAGAGUUGGAGGCAGCUGACGGGACGCUUCAGGACCCUCAGGAUAAGAUUUCGCCUGCUGAAUAUUUAUUAAGGAGAACACCUUGUUCUGAAUUUUUGUUAAAAAGGAGAACAGAACUGAAAAUAGAAAAAGUCAGAACCAUACGGUCUAGCUUCUGACCUUGUUGCGGUAUAGAGUGUAGACGCAUCCGGUUGGCCUCCUCUUGUGAGACCACCAGCUGAAUACUUUUGUGGUAAACAUAGACUUCUCAGGAUUACCUCUUGUGAGACAACCAGCUGGAUAUUUGCUAAGAAGCAAAAAUAGUUGUUACGUAGUAAGGAAGAAGAGUAAGCGUACAGCUUCGCGUCAAGAAACAAGAAGAACAGACAAAGAAUUUAAGUUCUUUGUUUUGAGAAGAGCGACACUUCUCCACUGUCCUUCUAACGUCCGAGGAAGCCAUGGCGAGCAUCAUGCAAAAGAGUGAUGAAGUACGCCGUACGUUUGGCCAGAUUCAGGAAAUCGCACUUCCACAGGUUACCUCGUCGAGUCAAGAAAAAAGUACAUAGAUGAUGAAAGUAUCCGGUUAACUUUCCGUCGCGCUCGUCUUACUCACUGCACGAUACAUAGCUGAUGCCCUUCAAAGAAGAAGCCCUACAUUUAAACGAUGAUCGAUGUAGAUAGGUCCUCUCUUCGGGUCGCGACUGAAGAACUAUAUGCACUAAGUGCUGCUACGUGAUGAAGGCAGGAAAUUCUCCUCUUUUGUUGACACGUCUAAAUGCUUCUAGUAUCAUGGGUGAUAGAUUAUUCGCUGACUGCUCUCUUAGAUCGGUAAGAAAUGUGAAAUCUGAG